UCCCUUCCGGGGCUGCCUGUGAGGGAGGAGAGAGAGGCCUGGUUGGAGUCGCGGGGAGGAGGCGAAGCUACCCUUCACUUCAGCCGCUCGCUCUGGGACCCCUUCCCCCACGGAAGGAGACAUGGACACGCUGGGCAGGAAAGUGGUCGUCUGCGACAACGGCACCGGGUUUGUGAAAUGCGGAUAUGCAGGAUCCAAUUUUCCAGAACACAUCUUCCCAGCUUUGGUUGGAAGACCAAUUAUUCGUUCAACUACCAAAGUGGGAAACAUUGAAAUCAAGGAUCUUAUGGUUGGUGAUGAAGCAAGUGAGCUGAGGUCCAUGUUAGAAGUUAACUACCCCAUGGAAAAUGGCAUUGUCCGGAACUGGGAUGAUAUGAAACACCUUUGGGACUACACCUUUGGACCAGAAAAACUUAACAUUGACACAAAAAACUGUAAAAUACUUCUAACAGAGCCUCCUAUGAAUCCAACAAAGAACAGGGAGAAGAUUGUGGAGGUCAUGUUUGAAACCUACCAGUUUUCUGGUGUCUACGUAGCGAUUCAAGCCGUUCUUACUCUCUAUGCACAAGGUUUACUGACUGGUGUUGUUGUGGAUUCUGGAGAUGGUGUUACUCAUAUUUGUCCAGUCUAUGAAGGCUUCUCUCUUCCUCAUCUCACCAGAAGACUAGAUAUUGCUGGUAGAGAUAUUACCAGAUACCUCAUCAAGCUUCUUUUACUACGAGGAUAUGCCUUCAACCAUUCCGCUGAUUUUGAGACUGUUCGUAUGAUUAAAGAAAAGUUGUGCUAUGUGGGCUACAACAUUGAACAGGAGCAGAAACUGGCCUUGGAAACUACUGUGCUAGUUGAGUCCUACACGCUCCCAGAUGGCAGAAUUAUUAAGGUUGGUGGUGAACGGUUUGAGGCACCCGAAGCUCUGUUCCAGCCUCACUUGAUCAAUGUGGAGGGAGUUGGUGUCGCUGAACUGCUGUUCAAUACCAUCCAAGCUGCUGAUAUUGACACCAGGUCUGAGUUCUAUAAGCACAUUGUGUUAUCCGGAGGUUCAACGAUGUACCCAGGGCUGCCUUCACGACUGGAACGUGAACUUAAACAGCUUUACUUGGAACGGGUCCUGAAAGGUGAUGUGGAGAAACUUUCAAAAUUUAAGAUUCGUAUUGAAGAUCCACCUCGUCGAAAGCACAUGGUAUUCCUUGGUGGUGCAGUUCUAGCAGACAUCAUGAAAGACAAAGACAACUUCUGGAUGACCAGACAAGAAUACCAGGAGAAGGGAGUUCGUGUGCUUGAGAAACUUGGUGUGACGGUUAGAUAAACUCUGGAGCUUGCUCCCAUCGCAGCUCCAAUGCUCGCAUUCCUUUAUUGCCAAUCUUUGAACUCAUUCAGCUAUGUGACACGGAAAGGCCUGUCUCUGCCCUUUGACCCAAGGGCUAGGUUUUGCUCUGGUUCCUUUUGUUAGAUAUUUUAAAUGUGGCUAUAUUUGACUACUUAAUUGGACCACUUCUCAGCAAACAAAACAAGGGCACGAAUAGCCUGUCCUUCCCGGUAGGCAGUUGGGUAAUUCCAGUAGCUUUUUCUUGGGUUAUUGCUAUAAUGCUGUUGGCAUUUGUCUAUAGCUCAUCAUGGAUGGAACCUUUUUUUAGCACGAGAGAACCUUUGGACAAACAACUCUUUACUAUCAUGUGGUUGUAGUGAUUUAUCUUUGCAUCCUUUUGCCUUUAUCCCAUGCUGUUCAGUGUCUUUAUAUCGUAAGAACUCUGAAAUCAGUGUCUUUAUGUCUUGCUUAUGAUCUUGCUUAAAUUGGAUCAAACGGCAAACAUAUUUUUCAAACCUUCCCCCGGAAUAUUUUGGGGUCUGAAAUUGUUUCACAUGAAAAUUGAUUAUGUAUCCUUAAAUCAGAUGGCAGAGUUAUGAGGAAACUAAAAUAGAAAUUUGCCUGUCUGUUGUUGCAAAUUAAUUAUCUUAACUGCCUGCACUUCUGUCUCUCAAAUGUAUAUUUCUAGCUUAAUGAUUUGGCAUAGGUAGUUGUUUUCUCCUAUGGAAUGCAUACAGAGCUUCUUGCAAUGUUUUUUCUUUCUUUUUUUGGUACUGUGAUACCAUCUUUCAUUACCAUUGGGCUUAAAGACUUUUUUUUUUAAUGGGUAACAUUAGAAUGUCAUCUGGGACUGGAUUCCUGGAUAUAAUCUAUUGAAAGUAGUAUGUUUAAAAAAAAAUCUGAACUUUAUUUACUGGUACAAAAUUAGAGAAAAACAGAAUUGUAUUAAAUUUGAACACACAGUAGCACAGUGCCAAGUAAUUAUUGCUUUUUUAAAUAAAAAAAAUUAUAAUUGUUAAAUGUUAUUUAAAAUCACCCAGAUAUUUAUAUAUGGAACUGUGAGGUAGGUUGUGAAGAAUGACCUAUAUUUGUAGCGGUUAAAAAAGACCACAUUGGAAUAUUGGCAUUGUAGUAAACUGGUAAAUACUCAAAAUUUACCUGUCGAAUCUUGACUCUGGGAUAAAAGGAAAUAAAAUAAGUAUUUGAAAUACUGUUUAAAGUCAAAUGUACCACUGAAGAAAGGUAUAGUGAAUUAUUGACACCCUUCAAAGUAACAUCCACCAGGAAUGCCAGAAGACGAAACCUGCUUUCUCACCAGAGCAUUCUUGGUAAUUUGAGGUGUUCCAUACAUGUGCAUAAAAAGGAAAGCCUGUCAAAAAGAUGGGUGAAACAGCUUCAGACAGAAAAAAGUACAACAUACUUUCUGCUUAUCUUUUCCUCCCAUUUGACAUGGUACGAAAAAGCAUACCUGUUGAAAGCAAGUGCUAAUGUGUGCAGUGCCUCACACAGCUAGUAGUAGCAUGUACUGUACAUUGUAAGUGCCUUCUGCUGGUCCCAACUCUUUCUGCUUUUCAUUCCUCCUUGGGGUUGUGAGCUUUUACUCUACCUUUUCCCCCUUUUCCUCCUAGGUGAAAAUCCCAAACAGGAACACAAACUACUGGGUUGACCCAUGUUUUCUACUAUGAGAAGCACUAAAAUAUGGUAAAAUUAACUAGAUAACCUGUAUCUAAGUACAUAAGAUCUACAAAUGCCAACUUUAACAAGUGGCUGGCAAUAAAUACUGACUCAGAAUUGUCAGCCGUUUACUGUGUGGGAGAAUAUGGUGUGGGUGUUCUUACAAUAGUGUGUGCUAUUGAACCUCAGCAUAAUUUUUAGAGUUUGAGGGUAAGAUCAUUCCAACAUAACAGCCCCCCCCCCCAAAAAAAAAUUCAGAAGAGAGAGAAAGA